CAACUAUCACACAAACUCAAAAAUCUAUUCUAUUCAUUUCGUUUUAUCAUCAGAAAAAAAACAUGGUUGCUAUUUCAGAGAUUAAGUCGACGGUGGAGACUACGGCGGCGGCGAACUGUCUGAUGCUCUUAUCAAGGGUCGGACAAGAAAACGUUGACGGUGGGGGCGCAAAACGCGUUUUCACAUGUAAAACGUGUUUGAAGGAGUUUCAUUCGUUUCAAGCGUUGGGAGGUCACCGUGCGAGCCACAAGAAGCCUAACAGUGAGAAUCUCUCUGGCUUGAUGAAGAAGACCAAAGCUUCGUCUUCGCAUCCUUGUCCGAUAUGCGGAGUGGAGUUUCCCAUGGGACAGGCUCUAGGAGGACACAUGAGGAGACACAGGAACGAGAGUGGCGGCGCCGGCGCGUUGGUUACACGCGAGUUAUUGCCGGAGGCGGCGUUGAUGACGUUGAAGAAAUCAAGCAGUGGGAGGUUGGCUUGUCUGGAUCUGAGUUUGGGGAUGGUGGAGAAUUUGAAUCUCAAGUUGGAGCUUGGUAGACCUGUUUGUUGAUUUGUUUUUCUUUUUCUUUACCCCUUUUGGCUUUUUCUGGAUAUAUUAAUUAGUUCCCAUCAUUCUUUGAUUUGUUUCCUUAAUAUUUUAGAUUGAUACAUUUACAUCUGCAGAUUUAGAAACUUUCAUAGGCCGGGUGUAAUAUUUUCUUUCCUUUCGUGGUGGAAAUAUUCUUUACUUGCUUGAGA